AUGGCGGGAGCAAAGACGGAAAGCUCGACGUCGGCGUCGGCCGUACGCAUCCGAGAAAACCAGCGACGCUCCAGGGCCCGCCGAAAGGAGUACGUCGAGAGCAUGGAGCGCAAGGUCAAGGACUUUGAGCGCCGCGGCGUCGAGGCGACGCUGGAGAUGCAGCAGGCGGCACGAACCGUGGCCAUCGAGAACGCGCGCUUGCGGAUGAUGCUCGCACGCAUGGGCGCGAGCACCGUCGACGUCGACGAUUUUCUGCAGUCCUUUCAGGAGCAGGAUGCCGCCCGGGCCCUCGAGUCGGUGAGGUUGCAGGGCUUGUCAUCCGACCCGCCGGACCAAGAUAUCAAGGGCCUCGUCCAACCGAAGCCCGACGAGACCCGUGUCGGCAAGUCGACCGGCUCCGACGACGGCCACCACGGCCACAACACAACAGGCCCCGACUCGGCCCGCUGCUCGGCCGCGACGGCGGCGGAAGCGAAUGCGACAUACCACCCCCUUCCACCCUGGGUGAGGCGUCCCGACGCCGCGGCCGUCACCCCCUUCGACAAGCUCGACGUCCUCGCCUUGGCCAGCAUGCAGCAAGGGUCCUGUGAUGGCAUGCCGCGGAGUACGGGACAUUCGUCGGCAGACUCCCGAGCCGACAGUCCCUCGACCGCCGGUGCCAGUCCCGGCGCCAUCACCCCGUCGUCCAACGGGCCUCAUGCCCUGUCCCCUCGCGGUCCAUCAUCAUUCGCUUCGCCCGUGGAAAUGUCCUGCAACGCCGCGGCCCAGAUCAUUGCCGAGAUGCAGGGCUACGGCCAACACCGGGAACUGGUGCAAGAUGAGCUUGGCUGUCACGGCCAGAGCAAGGGCUUUUCCAAGAGCUCGGUCCUAUUUCACAUCCUUGAGCGCGAGGGCCACUUGUGA